AUGGCAGACUCCCGUAUGGAAGAGGAAGAGGACAACAACGAGGAAGAUUUCGCUCCCGGAAACGCGCCCACGAAAGAGAGCGAGGACGCGGAGCCAACCGGGCGACGUAAGCAGCCGUCGAGCUCUCCCCCCUGCCCGGAGCAGCACACGGCAGCCAGCUGCCACGUGCAGCAACCGGACCCCGGCAGCGCCAUUUCCCCACACUCGGGCAAAACAGCCGCCACCUCCUCUCCGCCUGCCGCCCAAGACGGAGGCCCUCCAAAAAGGGCGAGUGCCACUUCUAGACAUCCCGCCGAGUCUACAGCCGCCUCCUCCGCGUCCCCUCCGAGCAAGGGUGCGCCCGGCACCAUCCUCGACGCGCCGUCUGCUCCUGAUGGUGGCGCGUCCCCUGCAGCGUCUGCUAGCGAACCAGCUGCAAACGAAAGCGCUACCGACGCGAUGGAGCUGACGGACGCAACACCCACUGUUUCGUCACAUCAGGGCCCUGAUAACCCUGCGGCGCGGUUUCUGAAGGACCCAUCAUACCAGCCUGCUUCGCGGCCGAAGCCAAAGGGGAAGAAGAAGCAGAAGAAGAGGAAGGAGCCUGCCCAUGUUUCCCGUUCGUCUCCCGGGGCAACGGGCGACUCGCGGCGCCCACCCGCUACCCUGGUCACGCCCAGCGUGCCUACAGCCGCAGUACAGAGAGCAACGCCAUCCGCCCGCGAGUCCACCACGUACGACUUCACGCUGGUGCAGUCAAAGAGGGACCGGCGGCGUGCACGAGCCCUGGAGAUUGCUGUACUCCCGGUUGACCCUGCGGUCGUCGUGGUUCGUGUUAACCAUAAACGCAACAUCGUGGUAGCCGAUACUACCACCCGGGAGUGCCUGGAGGAGCUGCUGGCAGUCACUGAGCUGCACGGAAUCCCAGUGACUGCCCGACUGCCAGCUGAGCGCGGCAAGAGCACCGGCUUCCUGCACGGGGUGGUCGGUUUACCCGCGGACACAGACCUGCUGGGAGCCAUCGAGUCGAGCGUUCCCCAUGCUAUCGGCAACGAGGGAGGAGAGCACCAUCACCAUCCGAUUCGCGGGACCGGUACCCCCUGA